CCCACACUGAUGCUGGCCCUCUGCUUCUAAACAAACGUGGAAGUGCUUUAGCGUUUACAUUUUUUGUAUUUACUUGUGUUUAGCACAUUCUAUCUGGCGCAGUAAGUGCGGACAAGCUUUGUCACUAUAGAGGAACACGGCAACGGCGACCAACAAAGAUGUUUAAAAAAUUUGAUGAGAAGGAAAAUGUGUCGAACUGUAUCCAGCUGAAAACAUCAGUGAUCAAAGGCAUCAAAAAUCAGCUGUUGGAGCAGUUUCCUGAUAUCGAGUCAUGGCUCAAUCACAUAAUGCCAAAAAAAGACCCUGUCAAAAUAGUGAGAUGCCAUGAACACAUUGAAAUCCUGACAGUGAAUGGAGAGCUGCUUUUCUUCAGACAGAGAGAAGGGCCGUUCUACCCAACCCUCAGACUGUUGCAUAAAUAUCCUUUCAUUCUUCCACACCAGCAAGUAGACAAAGGGGCCAUUAAAUUUGUCUUAAGUGGAGCCAACAUCAUGUGCCCCGGGCUGACGUCACCAGGCGCUAAACUCUACCCGGCUAAAGCUGACACAGUAGUUGCCAUAAUGGCAGAGGGAAAACAACAUGCACUUUGUGUUGGUGUUAUGAAGAUGUCUGCAGAAAGCAUAGAAAAAGUCAACAAGGGAAUUGGAAUUGAGAACGUUCACUACCUGAAUGAUGGAUUGUGGCACAUGAAGACAUAUAAAUGAUGACAUCUACACCUGCAAUGGCCACUGCUCACCCCCACCCCGCACCCUCCCGGAAAGUGUGGAGCUCUUGACAGUGAGGCAUGAGCUGCCAGUCAACUGUUUACACCUACGGACUUAGCUGUGUAACCUGCUGGAGGUUUUGAAUCAAUUGCCAUUAUUCACAAAU